UUAUGACGCGAAGCGCUCCCAUGUCAAUGCACUCGUAGUAGCUAAUCAAAAUGCCUUUAUUUAGUAAUAAGUUUACUCCUAAAACAAUUCCUGUGCGAAGAACAGAUACAUCGGUGAUAAAGAAGGAAUUUGGUAGUGACUACGCGUCUAAAGAGCUUUCGUUGGAGUUAAGCCCGCCAAAAAUAAAGCUUGGGGACUUUGAGGUCACUUUUGAAGAUGGACAAUGGAUACCAGCAUCAGGCAAAGCCGGCGCAGCUCACAAAGAAAUAAUAAGACUAAAGAACGAGCUAGAACAGUUAGAGGAGGAGAACAACAUGCUGCGUCUCAAGUUCGAGAUAUUGUUAGACAUGAUGACGGAUAAGACUGUGGAGGCAGAGCAAGCGGAGGUGCAGAGAGCGCAGAGCUUGAGCUCGCUUAAGCAGAAGAGUAAAAAGCAGAAAUGGUAGCAUGUACCAGGCGUGGCUCACUCCGCGAUUUCGUCGCUUUGCUACAGAUAGCUAAAAGUACAUCCGUCCCGCCCCAAUUUUGGGGAAAGCCAUAAGCCGCGCGUGGCGCUGUCGCCACCUAGCGGCCAUAUCUGUCCUGAUCGUAACAGACGCGUUUUGUUAGAGAGUGAGUCUUCUGUACCUAGUACUAUUAUUUAUUCUGUGCAUGUACGCAGAUGAUCCCACCUAUGCAAUUUCUUUGUCUUAUGUGUAAUGCGUCUCACAUUUUGCUUAAUGAGAGAGUGAGACGCAAUGACAUUGGACAGGUGGAAUUCCAACCUAAACGACAACAGCGAUAGACAACAUUACAAAUGGAAUCACAUAUCAUGGACAGCCCCAUGGCGCUAUGGGCAUGAUUAGUUACGACGCCUUUAGGUGUUCUUGGCGUUCAAAAGGUUAAAGUACAAAAGAUUAUCUCGUCUGAUUCUGGAUGAAAUCUUGACUGGCUGGC